CGAGUGUAACCAACGCGAUGCCAAGAGCUCCACCACACAACCGUUUGUACCCUUGUCUCCCAACACACUUGCUCUUGUCUUUCUGACUCCCUCGCAUCCUUCUUCCUGGCCUUGACGUUGGACCCUCCAAUCUUUCUCGUGUCUCAAGUGCAUUCUUCAAUGGGCGGCACGAUAUUAACUUCACGUUUCUCGAACAAUCCUGGCGCUGAGCACUAUGCGCGCAUAUCCACGCCAUGAGACUGGAAUAUAUUACCCUCCUCGCCUAGCCUCGCCAGUGACGUAACCCUACUCAGGUCGAUGUUUCCCUGGUCCACGUCGGCACUCGAGACCGCGAUACCGCAUCCCGUCACUAUGAAAACAAACAAUCUUGGACAGCUCGAUCCAGAAUGAAACGACGGUCCAGACGGCGGCAUGGCAAUCGAGCCUCUUUUGCAAAACAGUCAAAAAUCUCUCGGCGGCUGAUCGUCCCGAAUCCAUGUCGCAUGACAGAGCCCCCUGACAAUCGGUUCACAGAUUCCGGGUUCGCUGUUGUGGGGUGCAUAACUACAGUGACAUUGCAAUGGUUAAAUGCAACCAAUACACCCUAUUGGCCCAACUAAUUUGGGGAUAACACCUCUUUGAGAAGCCGGACGCCACUAUCCGCGCCUUGCCCGGGUUGAUGGACAAGCCAAUAUCAAAUGGGCCAGCUCAAGUGACCUUCGGUUCCCGGGCCGCUGGAUUUGGCGAUGGACACAUGGAACAGGAAUCCCACUUCAGGUGCCGGAAAUGGAACCUCCACGAAGGACAAGACCACCAAGGACUGACGUAUCACUCUAUUGCCGCUGCCACCUGCCCGGUUUGGGCUGUGGGCUGGCGGGCAUAAGAGGAGGCUGUCUCCAGGCGUGGUUCUCGGGCUCUCUUUUCUCUUCAAGCUGUGUCAAGUUGGCCAAAGAAACCACCAAACCAGUUUCGUCCAAACACCAUCCUCAACCAUCACCAUGAAGGGACUCUUGAGCGUUGCCGCCCUUUCGCUGGCUGUCAGCGAGGUUUCGGCCCACUACAUCUUCCAGCAGCUCUCGACCGGCAGCACCAAGCACGGCGUGUUCCAGUACAUCCGUCAAAAUACCAACUAUAAUAGCCCUGUGACCGACCUCAGCUCCAACGACCUCAGGUGUAACGAGGGUGGUGCCAGCGGUGCCAACACUCAGACCGUGACCGUCCGUGCUGGUGACUCUUUCACCUUCCACUUGGACACUCCUGUCUACCACCAGGGUCCUGUCUCCGUUUACCUCAGCAAGGCCCCAGGCUCAGCUUCCAGCUACGACGGCAGCGGCACCUGGUUCAAGAUCAAGGACUGGGGCCCGACCUUCCCCGGCGGCCAGUGGACUCUUGCUGGUUCCUACACUGCUCAGCUUCCCAGCUGCAUCACCGACGGAGAGUACCUUCUCCGCAUCCAGUCCCUCGGUAUCCACAACCCAUACCCCGCCGGUACUCCCCAGUUUUACAUCUCCUGCGCCCAGAUCAAGGUCACUGGUGGCGGCAGCGUGAACCCAUCCGGUGUUGCUAUCCCCGGUGCCUUCAAGGCCACCGACCCCGGCUACACCGCCAACAUCUACAGCAACUUCAACUCCUACACCGUCCCCGGCCCAUCCGUCUUCUCUUGCGGCUCCAACGGCGGUGGCAGCUCCCCCGUUGAGCCCCAGCCCCAGCCCACCACCACUCUCGUCACCUCUACCCGUGCUCCCGUCGCCACCCAGCCCGCUGGCUGCGCCGUUGCCAAGUGGGGACAGUGCGGUGGUAACGGGUGGACUGGCUGCACCACUUGCGCUGCUGGCUCUACCUGCAACACCCAGAACGCUUACUACCACCAAUGCGUCUAAGUCUGCGGUGAGAUGGCGAUGAUGUGAGAGAGAUACCAAAGAAUAGAGAAGGGGAGACAUUGAGUGACAAUACUUGCAUAAAGACGGGGUUGCAUAAAGGGGGUUUGGUUGGGAAUUACUUGGGCUGUAUAUAUUCACUUCUAAAUAUGUCCCAUUGAGGAAUUGUUGGCUAUGCGUGCCCUUCGGCUGGUUGUUAAACUACCUUGUAAACUGGAAACAUAGGGGCUGUGUUAAUUUGACUAUCCAAUCGCUCUGAUUUCCUUUGCAUCCAAAUCAUCAAACAAGCUUGAACCCGCUCGAC